AUGAUUUUAAAAUUUGUCAAGUGUAUCUGUUCAUUAUCUCUUCACCAGAAAAUAUAUCAAGAAAAUGUCUCGAUUAGGUAAAUCUUUUCGAGACUUUUGUAUGAAAUUUUAAUGGAUCGUAAUUUAAAAUGUCAACUUUGUGGUAAAAAACUUCGGGUUAGUCCCAAUUGUCCAUGUACACUGGGUGAACAUCUUUUAGCCCAACAUCCCGAUGUCGACCUUACGUUUUAUUCUAGUUUGGAAGACCUAUCCUAUUGGAAAUCUUAUCCACAGAAAAAAAGAGAUAGGGGAAGCAAAGUUUUAAGCUGCCGUAAAAAAUCCUCGUUAAAGGUAACCAAGAAUGCGAGUAAUGGAAUUUACAAAACAACAGUUGAAACAUGGAAUCCAUCCCAAAUGAAAAUGGAGUGUCCAAGAUGCCAAAAACAGGAUAAACCAUGUAUAAGAAGCAACAAAAAUAGGGCAUCAAGAAACUAUUUGAAAGCAUUAUGUAUGUUAAGUUGCUGGCCAGUAUGUUUUCUUCCGUUUGCAGCGAAAAGAAACAAUGUCGUUGAACUAUAUUGUAAAUAUUGUCGAUGUGUUAUUGCCGAAUACAACAGAGCUACAGGUGCACUAUUGUUUAAAUGAAAACAUUAAAAUACUUAUGACUAACAUUUGUGACUUUGAUGUGCUUUAGCCCUGUAUGUAAUUAAUCUGUAAUUAAAAUGUAUGAUUCA